AUGAAGCGAGGUCGCCGCGCCCAAGCCGACGAGCCGACCGAGACGCCGCCGCCGCAGCGCGCGCGCGUCGAAGGCGAAGCACCGCGCGGCCGCGGCCGCGCGGCCGUGACGGCGGCCCGAGCGACCUACUUUGCGACAGGGUCCACGGCGCCGAUCAGCGCGCCCGUCGAGGUCGCGCCAUCCUCCGCCGAGGAGUGGCCGGGCAUGUUCAACACAGCGUACAGCCUUAGUCGUGGACGCUCGGCAGCGCAGGCGCAGCGCCAAGAGGAGCUUGAGAAGCGGGCGGCGGCGGCGGCCGACGACUUGGCGCUCUGGGAGCCCAAGACGCCAGCGCGGUCGCUCGUGCGCGUGCAAUCGAUGGUCGUUCCAUCGCUCGUCGACCUUACGUGCAAGGUCAUUGCACGCUCGAUCCACGCGUUCCAAGAGCAGUACAGCGAGUACAUGGGCGAACGGUCGUUGCAGUUGUCGCGGGCCAAGAUUGCGACGCUUGUGGCCCAGGACCGCAAGCUGGACGCAUCGGUGCUGCCCUUCUUCAUCUACCCUGGCGUCAUGGAAAUCGACAUCCCCGACUGCUCGAUGCUGGACGAAAUGUCGUUCGUGUCGGCGCUGCAAGCCUGCCAGAAAAUUGAGAAGGACGAGCAGAUCGAAACACGGUUUAGCAUCCUCAAGCUCGGUCUCUGCGGUCGCUGCAUCUCGGACCGCGUCCUCGACAACCUCAAGGUAGCGCUGGCGACCGUUGAAGAGAUUCGUCUCGACGGCUGCUACCGCCUCUCGGACGACGGCGUUGCGUUCCUCAAGGCCACGUGCUCAGACGCGCUCGAGAGCUUCGAGCUGAGCAGCAACCAGCGCAUCUCGAGAGCGAGCAUCGAGAGCAUUAGCGGCUGGAGCAACUUGCACACGCUCUCGCUCUCCGAGUGCCCGCAGUUUGAAGACGCCGACUUUGCGCCGCUCCUGCGCCUCACGCAGCUGCGGAAACUCACGCUGGUCCAGCUCGACAAGGCCUCGGACGGGCUCCUCGAAAUGCUCUUUGGCGAAAAGUCGAGUCUCGGUACGCUCGAAGAGCUCUCGCUCGCCCGCUGCGCGCAACUCACCGACGCCGGCCUCGCGCACGUGAUCGCCAAGUGCCCCAAGCUUGUGCACCUGGACGUGACGGACGUUGUCUUGCUCACGGAUGCGACCUUUGCUGCGAUACGCGCACACGGCCUGACCCUGCGCCGCGUCUUCUUGCGGCGGUGCAUGCUCGUGACGGACGCGGGGGUCACGGACCUCGCCGUGAGCGCCAACCAGCACCUCGAGGUGCUCGACAUUUCCAGCGUCUCGGAGCUCACGGGCGCAGCGCUGGCGGCGCUGGCGACGCACUGCGCGAGUGGGCUGCGCGAGCUGGACGUGUCGUUUUGCCGCUACAUUCGCGACGCCGACCUCGGGCUCCUCACCGACGUGUGCACGGAGCUCAGCGUCCUGCGCAUGUACGGCUGCACGCAGAUCUCGCGCCGGUUCCUCCAAGGGCAUCGUCGCGAUGAGCUCGUGUGCGCGGGCCACCCGCUCCUGACCGGACUCAAGCUCGUGGCGUAGCACUAUUAACUUAGUAAUCUCGUCGUUUCUUCUACCG